GCUACGAUGGCCUCGCCUCGACCAAGUAAUAUUGAUCGCGCUAAAUGGAGGGCAAGGUGUCGGGAAACGCUCUCAGAGCACAUUAAAGCCAGGCUAGGUAUAUCAAUCGAACCUUCCGAAGUCCGUUUGAUGACAAAUGCGGACGAUCCAUAUUCAUGGAAAUAUCUACCAACAAGAGCACACCUCUUUGAAAAAUGCUUAAGUAAGCACUCAAUUGGAGCUUAUAUGGAGCUCUGUCGUGAAGUUGGCGCUUCCUUUGAAGUUGUGGCUGGAAAGCAUGCAUUGUUCGCGGGAGCCGAGGAAAAUUUCACCGCAAGAAUCUUGGAAUUAGAAACGGAAAAUUCAACAUUGAAGUCUGAAGUGAGCAGAUGGAGAGAUGCCGCUGUAGUAGAGGCACAGCUGAAGGGAGAAGCUGAAGAGGCCACCAAUCAACUUCGGGUGAUGCUACAAACGGCAAACUUAGAAAACCAGCACCUGCAAAUUGAUAUUCAAAAACAAGACGACAUAGCCGAAGCUUUUAGAAAGAGCGCUAUAGAGUCGCGCCAAAUUGCGAAUGAAGCGUCUGCAAUAUUAGAGAGGUUGAAGUCAUCGCUGCCUCUUACGGACGAUGCUUGCUGA